AUGGUGACCGAAACGACCGGAAACAAGGCGAUGUACUACGUCGGCCACAGUAUGGGGACAUCCAUGCUGACCGUGUUGCUCUCAAUGCGACCAGAAUACAACGAUCGCAUCUUGACGGGAUUUCUCCUCUCGCCAGCAAUCCAUUUCGGGAAUACCGCCCCACAACUGAGAUUCUUUAUGCGGGGCAGCAAUUAUUUUCAGACAACCUUAAGUAUUCUGCUUGGCGCCUUCCCAGAUGUAAUAUCCACCAAGACUUGGACCCACUACGUCCAAUUAAUCCACACGGAUCAAUUUUGCCAAUUUAAUUACGGAUUUAAAACCAAAAACCGAGAAAAAUAUGGAAGUGAUAGUCCUCCGUGUUACAAUUUGAGCAAAGUGACCGCUCCCAUAGUCAUUUAUUGGGGGCACAAUGAUAUUUUCGUUAGGCCGCAGGAUGCGGCAAAAUCUGCUUCAAAAUUUCCGAGCAGUUCUUUAAAAGAAUUUAACAAAGUGGACGAUCCUCUCUUUACACAUCUUGAUUUCACAAUAGCCAAAGAUGCCGACGUUUUACUCUACGACCAAAUUCUAUCCACAAUGAUGAAUGCUACCUACGAAUAA